AGUGUGCGCCGGCGCGGGGAGCAGAGCGAGUGCCCGGCGGCGUGUGGCCCGUGCCUCGGCGGGGACGCGCGACCAGCCGCUGGAUGGCGCCGGACGGAGCGCGGUGCACGGCAGUCCUGGGAUUGGCGCUGCGGCUGCUGCUCGGCUUCGGGAUGGUCGCGGAGGCCGCCCCGACCCGGUCCUUGGCACAGACCCCCGGCUCGUGCCCGCCCUUCCACUUCCAGUGCCGCACCCCUGGCUUCUGCGUGCCCCUGGCCUGGCGCUGUGACGGCGACCCGGACUGCCCUGAAGACAGCGAGGAGGAGGAGUGUGGGACAGAACCGUGUGCUCAGGACGGGCCGUGCCCGCCCCCCACUGGCAGCCCCUGCUCUUGUGACAGCAUGGAUGACUGCCCCGAUGGCAUCGACAAGAGCCUUUACAACUGCAGCGGUCAGCCCUGCCCGGCCGGAGAGCUCCGCUGCCCGCUGGGCGCUGACUGCAUCCCGCACACAUGGUUCUGCGACGGCCACCCUGACUGCCCCUCCUCCAGCGACGAGCUGGGCUGUGGAACUGACACUGUCAGAGAAGAAAAUGCCACAUCCAUGGGGACCCCUGUGACCCUGGAGAACAUCACCUAUGCCACAGCCACCUCCCCCAAGGACCAGGACUCAGGGAACCCAAGUGCCCGUGCAGUGAUGGCAGCUGCCGUGAUGCUGGGUGCGGGCCUGGCUGCCGCCGCCCUGUUUGUGCUGUCCCGACUCUGUGCCCAGGGACGCCUGUACCCACUGAGGCUGCUGAUGAAGCGGUCUGUGCUGCUGUCAGAGAGGAGGACCUCGCUGCUCUGAGGAUGAGGUGCCGCCACCAUGUCCUGGGGCCCUGAGUGUGGCCGCUGUGAGGACCAGCCCCUGGACGUGGGUUCCUCCAGCCACGCAGCCGCCCGGACCUGAGCUCCUGCAGAUGCAGCCCUGGCGGGCGGGGGCCUGGGCCCUCCCCCUGGAGACGAGGAGCCGGCGUGGGGAACAGGCCCCAGCCAGGAGCGGCCGAGGCCGCUUCGACACUCCUGCUGCCCCAUCUGCGGGUGGGGAUUAAAGCUGCUUCCCGUCCUC